AUGGCUAGAGGUACCCCACCGACCGGUCCCCGGGCAAAGCGACCUCUGAGCAGAGUCCACAGCCCAGUGAGAAAGCUCAGCUCACUGUGGACGGGCCGCCAGGGCGAGCGAGACCGGCAUGAUCAGGAUCAGGUGGCAAACUCGAAGACCGCCACAGAGCAGGUGGGGGGUGAAGAGGAAGAAGAGGAGGAGGCGCAGGACACUGAGGUCCAACAGCAUUCCUCCCAGCCAAGAAAGGGAAGUGAAUAUCGGCGUAGGGCGCCGGUAUCACUGCGGAAUUCACUGUUUUCUACUGCGAUUCUACAGGAGCCCAUGGAGAAGCUGAAAAUGCCGACAUGCAAGUAUGACGACAAAACUGACCCAGAGGACCAUAUAUUAGUCUAUGAGGGUCAUAUGUUGUUAUACACCGACACCGACUCGGUGUGGUGUAAGGUAUUCCCAUCUACCUUGAUUGGACUAGGGCAAACUUGGUUUAAAAGUAUUCCGCCGGCAACCGUGUUUGACUUCCGUCAACUCACGUUCAUGUUCGUGACACACUUUGUCAGUAAUAAGCGGCGUGAGAAAACAACCGGCGAGCUAAUGUCUAUUAAACAAGGGGAGACAGAAAGCUUGAGGGACUAUGUCGGGUGUUUCAAUGCUGAAGCCGUCACCAUCCCAACAUUGCAGCAGGAAGUAGCGAUCCUGGCCCUGAUGACGGGGCUGAGAGAAGGGACUCCAUUCCGCAGUUAUCUCGGCAGAAAAAAGAUGACAUGCCUGACAGAGGUCCUGGGCAAGGCGAAUGACUUUAUCAGGGGAAAAGAGUUUGACAAAGCAGCUAACGCGAAAAGGCCGGCAGCCAUAGAAAAAGAUAAGGAGAAGGAUAAGGAUAAGGAUCGCCAGGACGAUAAGUACCGGAAGGAUAAAAAGGCCGAGACCACCGGCAGGAGAGAGGAGAACAACUCGGUGAAAAAAGGAUUUGAAGGAAGGCCGGACAAAUAUCACAAUUAUACACCACUGACGAUAUCCCGGGCCCGAAUUUUCGAACUGCAUAGCAAAGAUGAAAAAUGGCAAAGGCCGAGAAAGAUGUACUAUAAGGGUAGAGAUAAGUCCAAGUGGUGUGAAUUCCAUGAUGAUUACGGCCACAAAACAGAUGAUUGCAAAGACCUUAAGGACGGGAUUGAAGACCUCAUCAAGCGAGGUUAUUUCACCCAGUACCAAGCAAGGACUGAUCGCAAAACUCCUCCUAGGGAGGACGAAAAUAGUAACAGAAGGCCGGUAAAGGAUAGGAUCACUGAGAUCCAUGUCAUAAGCGGAGGACCGACAAGAGGCGGCAGCAUUCACGAGGCGAAAGCUAGCCCGAAAGAAGUUCGCCACCAGGUGAAAUACAACAAUGCCAGGAAGUGGCCGGCACAUCCAUCAAUGCCGUCCGUGGAUUUUACUUCAGAGGAUGCUAAAGGGAUCGUUUAUCCCCAUGACGACCCUUUGGUAGUAUCUCUGCAGAUAUCCAAUGCAAUGGUCCAUCGCGUCUUGAUCGACGGAGGAAGCUCCGCCAAUAUUCUCUACAAAGAGACGUUUGAAAAAAUGGGCUUUGAUGAAGCAUGUUUGAAGCCGGUCUCUUACCAGUUAUCGGUUUCACAGGAGCAUCUGUUGUCCCAGAAGGAACGGUAA